CUCCUGCACCCAGCACCCCUCCUCCACCUAAGCCUGGGUGCCCUGCAAGCUGACACCAUCACACUGUGGACCCUGCACCCACUCACAGACAUGGGAGACAUGGGAGACCCUCCAAAAAAGAAGCGGCUGAUGUCGCUGUGUGUCGGCUGCGGCAAUCAGAUCCACGACCAGUACAUCCUGCGGGUGUCCCCGGACCUGGAGUGGCACGCCGCCUGCCUGAAGUGCGCCGAGUGCAACCAGUACCUGGACGAGACCUGCACCUGCUUCGUCAGGGACGGGAAGACUUACUGUAAACGGGACUACAUCAGGUUGUAUGGCAUCAAGUGCGCCAAGUGCUCGCUGGGCUUCAGUAAGAACGACUUCGUGAUGCGCGCCCGCUCCAAGGUCUACCACAUCGAGUGUUUCCGCUGCGUGGCCUGCAGCCGCCAGCUCAUCCCCGGGGACGAGUUCGCUCUGCGGGAGGACGGACUGUUCUGCCGGGCGGACCAUGAUGUAGUGGAGCGGGCCAGCCUCGGGGCCAGCGACCCGCUCAGCCCGCUGCACCCCGCCGGCCGACCCCUGCAGAUGGCAGCAGAGCCCAUUUCUGCCCGGCAGCCAGCCCUCCGACCCCACGUCCACAAACAGCCAGAAAAGACCACCCGGGUCAGGACAGUUCUUAAUGAGAAACAGCUUCACACCUUGAGGACCUGCUAUGCUGCCAACCCCAGGCCUGAUGCCCUCAUGAAGGAACAGUUAGUGGAGAUGACCGGCCUCAGCCCCAGAGUCAUCAGGGUUUGGUUCCAAAAUAAAAGAUGUAAAGACAAGAAGAGAAGCAUACUGAUGAAACAGCUCUCGCAACAGCAACCCAACGACAAAACGAAUAUUCAAGGGAUGACAGGGACCCCUAUGGUGGCUUCCAGUCCCGAAAGACACGACGGUGGAUUACAAGCAAACCCAGUAGAAGUGCAAAGUUACCAGCCCCCUUGGAAGGUCCUCAGUGACUUUGCCCUGCAGAGUGACAUUGAUCAGCCGGCCUUCCAGCAACUGGUUAAUUUUUCAGAAGGUGGUCCAGGUUCCAAUUCUACUGGAAGUGAAGUGGCCUCCAUGUCCUCCCAGCUCCCAGAUACCCCAAACAGCAUGGUAGCAAGCCCAAUCGAGGCAUGAGAUCUGGGAAUGAACUCUAUGGUCUCCCAACCCAACCCCUCUUUUUUUGUAUUACCAAAAAAAAAGGGACAUAUAUUGGCUUGGACUUCAAUAAAGUAUUUGAUGACCCAGCUUAAUGCACCAGAG